AUGUACUCCACAACAAUCAUACGAGCGUUAUUUCCACUCUUCGUGACUUCUUCGUGGUUCGUAGUGACGCAAGCCCAAUGGACAGAUGGGAAUCCAUACGAUCCCGAGAAAUUGACUUGCGCCACGGGACAAUGGUUUGAUAACGUCGUGGCUGAUAGGUCUCCUUCUGAACCUGGUAUGUUGAUCACUUCGUUUACGGAUGUAGGCGAUUGUCAAAGAGGUUGUUUCGAAUCCGACUAUCUCUAUUCCUACUGGCAAAAUUCGACUCAGAAAUGUUUCUGUCACCAGAACCGAGAAGUAUAUCCUUCCCAAGUGGGGAAUACCACUAUGAUCACUGAUGGAUGUUGGACGGGUUCUUUGGCUAGGCUCGACUACCUCCGAUCAGAUUUCAAUUCCGCAUUCUGCACCGACCUCACCACUAUAUCUACCUCUCAACCAUACAUUCAUGAAUACACAGGAACGAUCAAAGGCUGUAUCGAUCGAUGUGGAUACCCAAACAGCAAUUCUACAGCUCGUGCUAUCUCAGUCAGACCUAUAUUCGCUACCGAUCCCAAUUGGCAGACAUCCGUAUACGAUUGUGAAUGUUAUGAUACUUCAUGGAUUGGGACGGUCGAGAAUGCUGUACCGUGCGGGUUCGGGGUAAGACAUAUGUUUACUAGAUGGUAUAGCAGCGGUGGUCAGGCCUGA